AUGUCUCUAAGAUUCAAUCCUACAAUUCUUAAGAAUCACGAAAUCGCAUCUAAUUUUAUUGCAGAUUCAAUAAAAAUAACUAUGGAUAGGGACAGACGGGUUAGCAGUACUGUUCGAUUAAUUGAGAGUGAUUUUGAAGAUGAUUAUAUUGUGAAAUCGAUUGGUGCAUUCGGUGUCUGGCAAGCAACAGUGUGUGUGAUCGCAGCGUUUGUAAGACUUACAGCAAUAUGGAACAUGCUAUCAAUAAUUUUCCUAACACCUUCUACAGAAUUUAUAUGCACACAAUUUGAAAACAAUGCAACAUUGAAAGCUGAAAAUUCAACAUGUUAUAGUAAUUGUGUAGAAUACAAGUAUUAUCAAGAUUUAUUUGACGAGACUUUGAUCUCAGAAUUUGGUUUGAUUUGUGAAAAUGCUUGGAAGGCUAGUUUUACUCAGUCAAUAUUAAUGUUCGGCUUUCUAGUUGGAGUUUCUUUAUUUGGGUGGAUCUCCGACAGAUACGGCCGCCGGAUUGGAUUAAUAAUAUCUUCAUUUCUGAACAUAGCAUUUAUGUUAGCUGUGCCAUUUUCUCCGAGUUACUGGAUAUUUAACGGCUUGAGGUUCUUUAUAGGAAUGGCCUCAGGUGGUGCUAUGAUAAUCAGUCUAGUAUUUAUUAUUGAAAUAGUUGGACCACAGCAUAGAGAGGCUGCAGGCAGUUUAGCAAUAAUGCCUGAUGGAUUAGCACAAGCAUUGCUCUCUGUAUUUGCAUAUUUUGCUGUGGAUUGGAGAAUGUUUCUUUCAGAGUAUGCUGUAGCAUCAGUUUUAAUUUACCUGUUUAUUAUUUGCUUACCUGAGUCGCCUCGAUGGUUGAUGUCUAAAGGCAACGGAGAAAAAGCUCUUGAAGUUUUAACGAGAGCUGCAAAAAGAAACAACUUAAACACUUCAGCAAUAAGGGAGAAUAUUGCAAUGGCUCUAGAUGAAAUGCUAGUAAACGACAAAGAAGUACGCAAGUCAUCAUACUUGGAUCUGUUUAGAACUAAACAGAUUGCCUUGAAAACCAUAUCAUCAAUAAUGAUUUGGAUUUCGGCAGGAGCGUGUUACUUUGGCAUAAAUCAAUACAUUACUUUUAUUGGAUCGAAUGUAUAUUUAAUUGUGAUUUUAUUAGGGUGUAUACAGAUUCCAACAUGUCCGCUGGCAAUGAUGAUGAACAAAACUUUUGGAAGAAGGAUAUCUACAGUAGCAACUUUAACAGUCAUUGGUAUCACAAUGACAAUUCUUAUAUUUGUGCCGCCAGGACAUACAGGGUGUACAAUACUUGGUAUCAUUGGCUUUGCAGCCACCUGUACCACGUUCGGUGUUCUCUGCGUCUACGUUUCUGAACUAUUUCCCACUCCAUUGCGCACUAUGGCUUACGGUUUGAGUUCUGCUGGUGCCAAAAUAGGAGCAAUGGUUGCGCCAUUUGUAGCAACAUCAACCCACAUUGGAUACCUUCAUUAA